GGGAGAGCGGGGUGAGGGAUUCAGAGUCUCUCUGGGAGUUUGCUGCCCACUUUCACUCUUUACACACUGUGUAGUUCGGCCCCUGUUCCCGCGGUAAUGGCGACCACCGGGAACUCUCUGGCCUCCGACGGGAUGUACUCCCAGCUGAUAGACGACGAGGAGAGCAGGCCAGAUGUGCGACUCGGCGCUCACCCAGUCCCCCCAGUCAGAAUGAUACCCAGGCCGAGUGGCUCCGGGCCCUACCGCCUCGCCACCAUCUGCUUGGCUACGCUGUGUGCCGUACUGCUGAUCGCUGUCAUAGCCAUCACUUCAAACAAUAAGACCAAACCUCAGGGUGGUGGUGAAGCGACCUCAGAGAAGCAGAAGCAGGACACAAACGUGACGGCUCUGAUCGCGACCAUCAACAAACUGCAGCAGGAGAAAAAUCAGCUGCAGAAAGAAAAGGACGAGCUGCUGGCCAAACUGGCCGCCACUAAAGCUCCUGAGGUGAUCAAACCGACGCCGAAGGCGACGCCUGCCCCUAUCGUCUGCCCCGUGGACUGGCAUCUCUUCAACAACAGCUGUUACUUCAUCUCUAGAACCACAAGGGAUUGGCCGGAGAGCCAGUCAUACUGCGAGAGCCAAGGAGGUUACCUGGCCAUCAUCCACACUGCUGAGGAGCAGACAUUUCUGUGGAAUCUCCUGCCCAGAGGCCACUGGAACGCCUUCUGGUUUGGGAUCACUGACGAGCACACGGAGGAUCACUGGAAGUGGGUGGAUGGCACCCCGCUGGUCGGAGGUUUCUGGGAGGUCGGCGAGCCCAACAAUCACAUCGACGAGGACUGUGGCUACAUCGUGAAAACGCGCGUGUUGGAUCGAGUGGCGAUCCGGAGCUGGUACGACGCCCCCUGCAGCAUGUACUGCCGCUUCAUCUGUGAGAAGGAGAUGGGCGCUGGUGCCAGCACCGCCAUACCGCACUGAGACGUCAGCAAUGCUUCAAUCAUCAGAGGAAAGUGGAAAGAGGUUAAGAGACAGUUUGUGAGGUUUUAACAAAGGGCUGUUUGUUCUCCAUUUUUCCUUAAGACCUGAGAGGGCUGAUAUUUUGCCAGUAUAAUUCCACCUCAAUUUUAAAUUCACACAUUGUUUAGAUCUGACACAAGUCAGUCAGAUAUUGAGGUUCAUAUUUUACAGGAUGGACAUGUUUAACAAAAGCACUGGUGGUCUACUCUGCCCACAACACUGGACACAAGUAUGGUUAAAGGUGUUAAAUUAAAACCAUUAUAUUAAAAAGGUUUUACAGUAGUAUGAAGAACAUUGAAGGUAGCUGUACUCCACAGCAGUUACUUUUAUUAUUUUUAUGAAUUCUCGAUUUUAAACUUUUAUAUGUUGUGUAUUUUUUGGGUAAUGGUUUAUUAAAUAUUAGCUUUUAAAUAAACUUUUAUCGGAUUAUUAUGGGGGCUGUUAUUGGGCUACAGAGGGAGCUUCUCUUCCACGCAGUCCGCAAUGUUGAACCACCAUGUUUCUACAGUAGCCCAGAACGGCCAAACCAAACACUGGCUCUAGGUAGGGCCUUUCACACUUUUUGUGACUUUAUUGUUUGUUUAAGGAACCUAAUUAAAAGUACAUGUAUGUGCCUGUAGUCUUCCAGGGGAACAUCGAAAUACAGUACAGACAAGUGUUGUUUGUACCUGCCUUAACUAAUAGCUGAAUCUAGUAUAAAUAAUCUUCUAAUUUUGAGAUUUAAUGUUUUUGAGCAUGGUCUUUGUUUGAUAAAAGAAAAAGAAAAAUACAAACAACUUGAGAUAUAAAAUAAUAAAGUGAUAACAGGUAUUGACAUAAAAAAUAGUGAGCCAUUGUAGUUUCUCUUAUACUUUGAAGAUGCAGUAUUCAGUUGGCUGCAAUCUGCAGCUUCACCACUAGAUGCCACUAAAUGGUAUUUGAAAUUGUAGAGUCAUUGAAGCAAACCUCACAUCCAUUCUUGUAAUAAAGUUUUGAUUGUUGAUUGUUGAAUGAAGAGUGUACUUUGGAGGAAACACAACCUCAGAGUAUUUAAGAUGACAUGCUGGGCAAUGUUCAGUUUGUAGAGUAAAGAGUAGAAGGAAUGGUGGAGAGGAAAAAAAUUGUACUGACUUGUGAUGCUGAUUAAAAAAUACAAUCUGUGCUCUAAAAUCCUUUAAAGUUGCCAGAAAUCAAUGUUAAUCAAAGAUAAGACAGUACAGAAAAACUAUUUCAGUAUAUAUUUAUCAUCAUGUAUCAUAGGCCGGUUGCAGCAGUUCCUGGAAAGUUCAAAUUUAUCCUAAUUAUAACAAAUAUUAACUUAGCUUUACAGUCAUUAAAGUUGUGCCACACAAACUGUUAAGUAAGCUAGCUAAUGGUGCAUUACAUUUGAACUGGGAAGUCAGUUUCAACUGGAAUACCCGCUGAAGCUGGAUUUCUAACGAGGAAAGUCGGAAAAGUAAAAUACAUUUACAGUAGAUUGGUUUAAUAGAGGCUUAUCUUGACACCCUAAAAUUCUUGUUGGUGUUAUUUACAGCUUGCGAUUCUUCAGUGAUAUUCUGUUUCUACAUUUUUGAUUGCUCUUGAUUGAAGUGCAUUACAGAUGUUUGUACUUGUACUCUAGUCUGUACUAGUUAAGACAUUGCUUGAACUUAAUGGUGCAGCCCGGUUUAGUAAAUCACCAGAAAGCAGCUUGUGGUUCUUAAGAACUCAGGAAGAACUCAACACUUGUUGCAAUAGAUUUACUAAUAACCAGUGCAUCCCAAUGCUCUUUUCUUUGUAUAUUACAUCUGUGUAUCAAUAAUGCAGCAAUUUACAUAUGUUUUUAAAUAUUUUUGUUAUAUACACCAACUAUUCUAAAAAAUAUCCUUCCAAUUUUGAUACCAAUAAUCAAUCAUCAUAUAUUUUAUACUGCUAAUCACCUGUAAAUGAUUGUAUAUCUAUAUAGAAUGUAUUUGUGCUAAACUGGAGGUCAUUGGCUGUUAGUUAUAUCAGCCUCAGGUGCGUCACUUGAAGCCUGGAGGAGGAUUGUGGUGCUUCUAUAUAGUGUUAUAUAGGCUCGUUGUGGUCCUACAGUGAAUUGAUGCCUUAUACCACAUAAAUGAUACUUACAUGAUAUUUUUAAAUGAUUCUGUAGUAGAAUUUAUAAAUCAGGGAUUUAAGAAUUGAUUUGUUUUUACAUGGUAAAUGUGCUUUGUAGUAGUCUAUGGUGGUGUGUAUGACUGUAAUAUGUUAGCGAUGUCACGCACAGUCAGUAAGAAUGAUCAGUUUGAAUUCGAUGCACUUUUGGAUGUCAGGUUUUGAAGUUUUGAUUGAACAACCUAAAUCCAAUAAUUUAUGCAGAAAUGUGUCCUGUGGAUAAAUAAAUAAUAAAGAGAAUUGUUUUGUA